AUGGAGAACUUCCCAGUGAUCAACUUGGAGAAUCUCAAUGGAGAGGAGAGGAAGGCUACCCUGGAGCAGAUUGAAAAUGCUUGCCAGAACUGGGGAUUCUUUGAGUUGGUGAAUCAUGGAAUACCCCAUGAACUUUUGGAUAGGGUGGAAAGGUUAACAAAAGAGCAUUAUAGGCAAUGCAUGGAGAAGAGGUUCAAUGAGGCAGUGGCAAACAAGGGUUUGGAGGGUGUCCAAGCUGAACUAAAGGACAUGGACUGGGAGAGCACCUUCUUCUUGCGCCAUCUACCAACCUCCACCAUCUCUGAAAUCCCUGAUCUCAUCCAAGAGUACAGAGAAAUUGGAGAAGCUAUAGCAGAGGAGUUGCUAGACCUGCUGUGUGAAAAUCUUGGAUUAGAAAAGGGGUACUUGAAGAAGGCAUUUUAUGGAUCAAGAGGUCCUAAUUUUGGGACAAAGGUAGCAAACUACCCAGCGUGCCCAAAGCCAGAAUUGGUGAAGGGUCUUCGUGCCCAUACAGAUGCGGGUGGGAUUAUCCUUCUCUUGCAAGAUGACAAGGUCAGUGGCCUUCAGCUUCUCAAAGAUGGGCAAUGGGUGGAUGUGCCUCCAAUGCGCCAUUCCAUUGUUGUUAACCUUGGUGACCAACUUGAGGUUAUUACCAACGGGAAGUACAAGAAUGUGGAGCAUCGUGUGACUUCUCGAUGUGACGAGAAUGUCUGUGGCCUCAUUCUACAACCCUGGCAGUGA